AUGGUAUUGUCACUCCAUAACAUAUGUUCAAUGAAUGGUUUCCAACCAAAUCAAAAAUUACAAAACGUUGAUAUUCCUUCUCAGAUGGAGCUUCCACGCCAAAUAUUGCAGAACAACACAGCCGUCACUGAAUUUGUACUCCUGGGACUCUCCAGCAACCCUGAAACCCAGCUCAUUCUGUUUGGUCUCUUUCUCCUCAUCUACUUAGUGGCCCUGUCUGGGAAUGUUCUUCUCCUUCUCACCAUCAGCUUGGACAGGAAACUUCAUAGCCCCAUGUAUUUCUUCCUAGGCAAUCUCUCUGUGGUAGACAUUGGGUAUACAACUUCCACUGUCCCCAAGAUGCUGAUGAAUUACCUGUCUCAAGACAAAACUAUCUCUCUGUCAGCUUGCUUCUCCCAGAUGUACUUCUUCAUCUCGUUUGCUGGUACUGAAUGCCUCCUGCUGGGUGUCAUGGCCUAUGACCGAUAUGCUGCCAUCUGUCAUCCACUGCAUUACAGUGUGCUUAUGAGCCCCAAAGUUUGUGUCUCUUUAGCAGCCACUGCUUGGUUUCUGGGCUUGGCUAAUUCAGGUGUGCACGCUGCCCUCAUGUCCCUUUUGUCCUUCUGUCAGGACAACGUCAUCCAUCACUUUUUCUGUGAUGUCCCACCUCUUUUGCAGCUUUCAUGCUCCAGCACUCAAGUCAAUCGUAUUGUAGUCCUUAUGGUGGGUGGAAGUGUGAUAAUUGGUUCCUUCCUGUGUACACUAGUGUCUUAUGUCUACAUAGUCACAUCCAUCCUCAGGAUCCAUACGAAGGAUGGCCGUCUCAAAGCCUUCUCCACCUGUGUUUCUCACCUCGUUGUGGUCAACAUAUUUUAUGGCACUGCAAUCAUUACAUACCUUAUCCCUAGCAAUACUUCUCAGAAAAAGGACCAGGUUUUGUCUGUUUUCUAUGGGAUCAUUGCACCUAUGCUUAAUCCAAUCAUAUACAGUUUGAGGAACAGGGAUGUACAAAAUGCCCUUCGGAAAAAAUGGGUAGGAUGUAACAGAAGGAAUUGUUUUUCAGGGCUCAAAAAUUCUACUUUGUGA